AUGGUACGGAUCCGUCAUAUCAUGGAGAUGCGUCGAGCAUGCAAGGCUCCGCCCCUUCUACCGCCGAAACUGAGGAAAGAAGGCUCGGAGAGCACUGAUCGCCGUGGUCCGAAAGAUGUGAUGGAUUUGACAUUCCGAGUGACAACACUGGCUCCCGAGAGAUAUCCAUCCAGUAGUUUCUAUCUUCAUCUCUACGAAAGUCAGGAUUCUUCAGAAGGACCCUGGAAUUUGAUCACAGAAACCGAUCGAUUGGGAACUAACGACACGGCUGUUUUGGAGGAUUUCUUGGCGAUUGAGUUCAGUUUUGAGAGAUUGCAAUGGUUCAAAAUGGAAAUAUCCGAAUUAUCAGAAAACGGAGUCAAAGUCUUCAAAGCUUCAGAAAUCUUCUCUAUCGCUCAGAUCUGUGCAGGACCGAUUAUCUUUCCGAUGGUUGACCAAUCCGGAUACCGUGUGUCUGAAGUGGAAAUCUGGAGUCAACUACGUGACCGUACUCAACCGAUUGUAAUGCAACUGGAAGCAAAGAACUUGUCGACAAAGCUGGUUUCUUCGAAUUCUAAUGUGUACAUAGAAGUAUACCGUGUGGAUGAGGACCAAAAACGAAUGUUAUACCGGAGUGAAGUGGCAAAACAAACCAAGUUGACAUGGAGACCGUUUACAGUUCAAUCGGAUGAUUUAUAUGGGACAGAUGGAAUGGACAGUCAAAUCGAAAUAGUGUGUAUUAGUGAAGAAGAUAAGGAAGGUGUCAUUGGACAAGCACUGGUUUCCAUGGAAGUGGCAAAGGCUAUGGAGGCGAUUCCGAUAUUCAACGAGACGUACAAACAAGGCCGUAAACCGAUUGGAGAGGUGCGUAUCUGUCGUUACCAACAACUCCGCGUCUGCUCAUUUCUCGAUUAUAUCCGUGGUGGAACCAGUCUGAAAUUCGCAAUCGCCAUUGACUUUUCCAUUCGAGACCCACAGAAUCUGACUCAUAACGACUAUCAACAGUACUCGAAUGACAUUGAAUUCGUUGUGAGAUGUCUCGGGGAAACUCUUGAACCAUUCAACCCGAAUAACUCGUGGCUUUCUUAUGGUUUUGGUGCGAAGAUACCUCCUCACUACCGGGAUUCCAAUAACUUUUGUCUGUCUUUGGAUGUAGAUGCCACGUGUCAAGGAGUCAAUGGAGUGUUGAAUGCAUUUGGGAAGAGUCAUCAACAUGUUCAUCCACUUUCAGGAGCAAAGUUCUCACAGAUUAUUUAUCAUUUGGCUAAACAAGCCCAAAAUAACUUCAACAGAGCCAGUGAGCCACCCAGUUAUUUCGUACUCUUUGUGAUCACUCGUGGAAGUAUUGAAGACUUGAAAGAGACUGUCCAAGCUGCUAUUUUUGCGUCGAAGGCUCCCAUUUCUAUUGUUUUCAUUGGUGUCGGUUGUGAAGGACUAGAUGAGAUCGAACGAAUGGGAAACGCAGGAAAACGACUGGAGUUCCAAGGAAGAAAAAGUGAAAGGGAUAACUUGCAGUUUGUAAAUGCUACAAAGACUCGUCUGGAAUGUGAUAACUACAGCGAUAUGUCGACAACUUUUCUGGAGAAGGCAUUGCAGCAGAUCCCCUGGCAAUGUUCCACUUUCUACAUGCAAAACCACGUGCUUCCGGGUAAAUCAUCAGAAGAAGCGACCGGUGGAUUGAUGGCUCCAAGUAGUAGUAGAAGACCAAGUUCAGCUCAUGGACAAGGAGAAGAAGAAGAGUUAAGAAUGAGAACGAGUAGCAGUGGCGAGCAGACGAGGAACCGCCGUCACCGUCUCUCGAAUGAAAUGCGUUCAAUGACACUGGACGAUUCUCGAUGA